AUGGACCAUCUCCCUCUGAAGAACGCAGUGCCAGAGUUCCGGGUCCACUAUUAUGGCUCUCCAAGCUACGAGAAGGGUGACUUCUGGUCCUUUCCCAACCGACAAGGAUGGCAAUAUGUGAAGGACAUCAGUGUCUUCGAAGGUGGCACUGUUGACCAACUUGCGGCCUUGCUGCAGGCAUGGCUCUUCUUCGGCCUUGUACAAGAGGUGACUGGAGAGCCACUUGACCAGGAUCGCUUUUCGUCAAGGGCUCCGCUAGGCUCCGAAUCGAGCCUUACAACAUCUGCAUUACCUAGCCUCAUCACUGCGUGGACAGAUCGCACAGAGGUGCUAGAAACCUCGACAAGACGCGCGGAGCGCUUAAGAGUGUACACCAUGUUGCAAGAGACCACCGAUGUUCUCUGGCAGAUUGAUGCGCAGGUGCACCACAAGCCAAAAUACAUCGCUGCUCAACUGCCGCCUGCGCUCCUUUUAUCACUUGCUCUGGUCGUAGAAGCCUUUAAGCUCGCAAGUGCGCGCGCUUUUCAGGAGCCCUACAUCCCGACCGGGAAAACUGGACAGCGUUUCUUGCGUAAGCUCCUGUCGGCGAAUGGCUGGUGUCCGAGCUUGAUAAGAUCAGCGUUGACGCAUCUUGAUCUGGGCACUGUCGUCUACGUGAUCUCCCUCGGCCCAUGUGAGAGGGAGAAGGAUCACAGCGAGUGUACCGAGAUCAUAUGUCUUGCUUUGCAGACAGCAGGCGUGCGGACGCCCAGCCAUACGCAAGACUGUUCCAACCCAUGCUACAAUGUUGAGCCGGAUCUAAUUGACAUAAUCAAGCUGAUUGGCAAAGGAUCUAUUCCUUUGCUCUACUUUGUCAAGAAACCUUACCAUGUGCCAAUCACAGAUAUCGCCGGAUACGAUGAUCAGACCAAUCCUCCCACAGCAGCACUUGGUCUGGGCGUCCGAGAGUACAAACCUGGAGACCGCUACACUGCACAUUCGCACGUGUUUGGAGAAGGCACUGGAAACACUGAAGGUCACUACUUACCGAAGUGUGCAUUGCUCGAGAUAUGGCAAGUCCUGCAGGCGCAGAUGCAGCGAGAAAACGGGAGCUCUCCAAGCGAUUCUUGGGGAGAGGGUUCGCCACUUUUCUGGAUGGAUACAUUAUGCGUACCAGUCGCUCCCCACCACCAGCAAUUGCGGAACUCGGCAAUCACGCACAUGAGACAGAUCUAUCAGAACGCAAUUCGGGUGCUUGUCCUCAGCCCGGAGACCCGGAAGCUCGACAGUGGUGCGCUUAUCAUCGAGCUUUAUGCAAAGACGUUCUUGUCGGGCUGGAUGCAAAGGCUAUGGACCUUGCAAGAAGGCGCGCUCAAUCCAUGCCUUGCCGUUGUGGAUGGGAAGAGUAGUGCUUUAUACGACCAAGCCACCUCCGCCGAACAGGUCAGAGUGCGCGAGCAACGUGUGCUCAUCGCUUUCAAGGAUCGUUUUGCCAGUCGGAAGGGCGAUGAAACGAUCUGUAUAGCAACAUUUCUCGGACUCGAUCCGUCACCACUACUAGCGAUUGAUGAGCACGAGCGAAUGCCUAUGCUACUGCAAAUGAUGCCACAUGUACCAGAUAAUGUACUCUUCGGGCGUGGUCCGAGGUUGGAGAGGAUAGGAUUUGGGUGGUGUCCACAGACACUGCUUGCGCCAUAUGGCAUCGAAGUGGUGGUGUCAACUCGUCACAAGCCUACGUCAGAAGACGGGACUAGCUUAGUCGAGGUCAGACCGCCAAAUGUCUUGUCACCAGAAGGUCUCCAUACUACACUGCCGGCCAUCAUGCUGGCUGGGCCUGCACGUACCUCUGAGCCGGUGCUAAUGCGAGAUACCUCUGACUUCAUGCUAGACGGGAAGCUCUACGCCAUAACGCUCCUCGAAGACGCUCGAUCGUGCUUUCAUCGCCGUGCCAGCGAGUUCGCAGCAGAACAGUAUCUCGCGCUACUCCUUGCACUCCCAGCUGGCCGUGAAUACAUGGCUGCAUUAGACAAAUACGCUACUGCCGUCCUCGUGGGUAUGAGCGAUGACACUACGGAUGAAGUGGCCAAAGUGCGAUACUACUGCAAGAUUGGCACCACACGCAUAGAUUUCAUUCCAGGCGUUACAGUGCUCCCUGAGGAGAGGCAUGCCUAUGCUACUUGGGUGCUUCCGCCGAUGCAGAGAUGGAUUGUUGAUUGA